AUGGUCGCCACAAACCGACCCUUCGAUCUGGACGACGCUGUCCUCCGCCGUCUUCCCCGCCGUCUACUAGUCGAUCUACCAACCGAGGAAGACCGCGAAGCAGUCUUGAAAAUCCACCUGAAAGAAGAACAGCUCGAACCCUCCGUCGACCUUGCCGAACUCGCCCGACGCACCCCGCUGUAUUCUGGCUCCGAUUUGAAGAAUCUGUCGGUGGCAGCUGCACUAGCUUGCGUUCGCGAGGAGAAUGAUGCAGCGGCUAAAUACACCGGUGACGAGCCAUAUAGCUACCCGGAGCGCCGCAUUCUGACUCGUGCGCAUUUCGAGCGUGGAAUGGAAGAAAUCAGCGCUUCGAUUAGUGAGGAUAUGUCUUCGCUGUCGGCGAUUCGGAAGUUCGACGAGCAGUACGGUGAUCGAAAGGGUCGUCGCCAGAAGAGUCCUGGGUGGGGAUUCAUUCCUGGUGCUAGUGGUGAGGCUUCGGCUGAUUCGGCGCGUGUUCGGACAUGA